CGCUUCCGCGUGUAGGGUCAAAUGUGAGAGAUAAUUCCGUGUGAAAAUGGAAGGGGAUGCAGCUCCUCCAAACAGCUUGUGGGAAGGCAAAGCAGGAUAUGUCCUGAGUAAUGUUGCCGAGGUCGUGGAAAGGAUUUUGACAUUUGUGCCGACUAAAAAUCUCUUCCGGAUCGCAAGUGUGUGCAGGCUAUGGAGGAAUUGUGCACGCAGAGUCCUGAGGACGAGGCAGAGAUUUACCUGGCUCUCCGCCUCUGGCUCAUCCAUAUACGAAGAGCAUGUUUUGCUUAGAACUAUGACACAAGACUUGGAGAAUAUCUGUCUGCUGCCCCAGACAGCUCUCUUAAUGGUAAAUCAUGAGAACUUCAGAGGGGCUGUUAGUCACAGACACAGGAAGGCCAGGAGGUGUGAGGAUGAAGUGGACUCAGAUCCUGUUGAGAAGCUGAGACGCUUACUACCUAGCAGUUGUGAAGUAAUAGGCGUAGUCGCACCAGGAAUUGUGGUGACCCCCAGUGGAUUACCCAGCAGCCCCCCACAGGAGCAUGAGGAGGGUGAAGCUGGCUUCAGUCUGCUUUUCCCUGCCAUGGACGGGGUCACCAUCCGGCUUUUCCACUUCUGCAAAAAGACCCUAAGUGAAACGGCAAUGGAGGAAGCAGGGUUGAUUAAUAACCCUGAUCUAAAGGUGGUGCUGAUGUUCGACUACGACACAUAUAAAUCUGGAGGUGGACGGUUUCUUAACAAGCUUCUGGAACCUCUUUCCCAAAGUAAUGUACUUAUUAUUGGAGGACAAGUUGAGGAUGUAUUUUCCAUUAACAAAACCUGCUGUUCUCCAGGCUCUUUUGGGGCAGUAGGACUAACCUUCAGUGGCUCCAAGAUCCAGGGUGCCUCAGUUCUGGUGGACCAGGACGUAAACAGCCCGAAAGCAGCAGAAGCCACUAUCCAGCGGCUGAAGGCUGCUAAUAUCCCAGAGAGAAACACCAUGGGCUUCAUGUUUGCUUGUGUGGGCCGUGGCCACAACAGCUACAAUAACCAGCAUAAUGUGGAGGCCGACGCCUUUCGGAAGAUCUUCUCCAACAUUCCGCUCUUGGGAUUCUUUGGAAACGGGGAGAUCGGCUGCGACCGUAUUGUCAAAGAGAACUACACAUUGAGCGAGACGGAUGCUGAUGGACUACAACACUCUUUUACUACAGUCAUGAGUCUGGUGCAUUUUGGCUAACACGGCAACUAGAAAACCAGCUAGUUCACUUGGUGUUUUAGGACAGACACCAGCUGCUUGUUUAAGAUAACUGAGCAGUUCCGAUGUUGAUCAGGUAUAAUUCUUCUAGGUUCUUUUCCUUGAUUUUUUUUUUGUUUGUUUGUAAAUCAGGAUGUCAGAGGGACAUUUAGCAGUUGUUUAACCUCAUAGUUA